AUGAAGGACGACCUGACUCCCGAGCUGGGCAAGAGGAGACGACCGGCUUGGGGAGCGUAUAAGAGCAUCGAGGAUGUAGUGAAGAAGACCAGGAGCACCCGGAGAACCCUAGCCGCUGGACACCCUCCGAGCAAGGACACAUGGGACGACGCCGUCGAUGUCAACUACCGCGACACAAGGUCGAGGCCGGAGGAUACUUCGAUGGGACCGACACACUGGCUAGACGUAAGGCUUGCUUUGUUGGCGCAGCGAAAGCUGCUUGCUCUGCACGACGCUUACUGGUAG